AUGAUGGAAGCUGACAAUGGAAGGAGAUUGAUGUCCUGUGUGGACGAGUUAAAAACACCACUCAUCGAGAUCAAGAAUGCUUUAAUGAGGGAUAAUGCCUUUCCCAUCUGUAGUAAUGACCGUGAACACUGUCUGAUUAACUCGCAACAGUGUAGGACGUUGAAGUCUAUCAUACAAAAAUUAAUGGACCAAGGGAUCUUGGUGGUAGAUUGCCCGUCCACAAAAGAAGAUGUGUCUACCCUCGAGAUACCAUACGACGAAGUCCCUCCUCUGCAAAUUCCAUAUGACUUCUCUCAGUUAACUCUGUCAACAAAUCAUGUUACUCCGAUCAUAAUAACGGUUCCCACACCAUUCUCGUAUGUUGACACCAAGGCAGUCCCAUGGGUGUAUGACACCUCAGUCUACAUUCAUGGCCAGAAAAUUCAAGAAGAACCGUUGAAGUAUAGUGAUCCAAUGAUCAAUAUCACCGGCACUGGUGGAAUUACGAGAAGUGGAAGGAUAUUUGCAUCAACACUCACUUCAAUUAGAAAUAUCAAUCCUUCAACUUCAGACAAAGGCAAACAAAUUGAUGGCGCUAAUCAAAGACAAGACUCCGCACCUUCCAAUGAAGUAGACGUGUCCUUACGAAUUAUCAAGAAGAGCGAUUAUCGAGUAGUUGAUCAGCUUAACCAGACACCCUCAAAGAUCUUAAUGUUGUCUUUAUUAAUAUGCUCAGAGGCCCAUAGGGAUGCUUUGCUUCCCGCCGAGGGGAGGAAUCAUAACAAGGCUCUCCAUAUUUCUAUUGAGUAUGUGGACACCGUCCUAUCAAGAGUUUUGGUAGACACUGGGUCUUCCCUCAAUGUGAUGCCUAAGAGCUCCUUUGUUAAACUAACUGUUGAAGGACUCGUAGUGAAGCCGAGUGAGCUUAUAGUAAGAGAAUUUGAUGGGAUUAGAAGGACUGUAAUCAGUGAGGUGAAUUUGCCUAUGAAGAUUGCCGAUGAUAAACUAGUUAUUGUCGAGGGUGAGGAGGACAUUGUGGUAAGUCACCUCAUGUCUUUCCGAUACGUUGAAGGAGAAUGGGAGAUGAGGGAAGUCACGUUCCAAUCUUUUGAAGUUAUCAAUGUUGAAAUUGUUUGCCCAGCAAAGGAUGAAUCAAAAAAUGUUGAAUCUCCAAUGGCAUCUCUUAAGGACACCCUGACCAUCAUAAAGGAUGGACACCCCCAAGGAUGGGGAAGAUUGCUUGAACUUCCUGCCAAUAAGGACCAUACCGGUUUAGGAUACAACUCCUAG